AUGAGCAAAGAGCAUUGUCGCAAGAUGAAAGACAUGGACAAGAGCACACCAAGGGAUAUGGAGUAUGGCGCCAAGCGUCUAGAAGGUAAAGUGAUGCGGCUGCAAGGUGAAUUGAAUGCGCAGAAGGCAGACUUUGACCAACAGACGCAAGAACUAGAUGCCACACGCCAGGACAUGAUCAAGCUCAAGGGUUUGCACGCCAACAAGGAGCGCCAGAGCAGGACCGCACAUAAUGUUGAGCUUGAAGAAUUGGAUGGAGAGAACACAUUGCUUUGA